UAAAGUUAAAUUGAUCUCGAGGGGAUACGAAGCAAGCUGUGAAGAGAAAGAAAGAGAGGUUGUGGGAAACGGUGAGAAAAUUGGAAUGAAAAACCGUAAAUCGAAAUACAGAAAAUCAAAGAUCGAAACACGAGGCAGGCAUCAAUGAGAGAUCAAAGUACUCGAUACGAAUCGAGUUCUUCGAAGCGAAAAUUGCGUAGUUGUCGCGAACGGAUGAUUUGCUGCGCACACUCCCGCGCGUUCCCUUUGUGUUAUUUUCGGGCAGAAUCACCGUUCAAAGCUUUAAAUAGGACCGACUUUCCGACAAAGAAGGUAGUUUGCAACAUCGUUUCUACAUGCUGGAACAUCGCAGAAUAUUCACCAUGCCUUCCGAAUGCAUCGCCAAUCCAUUACAGCGUGAGUUGGCCGAUGCCAUUAUUCGGUUACAAUCGCUCGACGAGAUUCGAAUCUUACUGGCGUGCGGGGCAAAGGUGAACGAGCCUGUGACCCAAGGCCUGAGACCGUUACAUUACGCGGUAUGGCAGAGGUACACAGAGGCAGCCCAGCUGUUGUUGGUACGUGGCGCGGACAUCGAUGCGACCGACGAAUGUGGCUAUUCGGCAUUGCAUCUUGCCGCCGAGCACGGUUACUUCGAUUUGGUCAAAUUGUUGCUUGAGCAGGGUGCAAAAGUCGAUCAUAGAGAGGAAACGGGAGAACUCUUUCCAAGGACAACGUUAUGCGACGAACCACUACGGCUCGCUUUGAGAAAUCGACAUGUCGAAGUGGCCAGAAUCCUGCUGGAAGCCGGCGCGAAUCCGAACAAAAGGUACUUCUUCGGAUCGGAGAUUAAUCUGGUUUCUCCGGUGGAUCUACAAUGCAUGGAAUUAUUGUUAGCUUUCGGGGCUCAACCGAAUACACGAGACCGUGCUGGGUUGACACCAUUGAUGAAAGCAGCAAGAUUGCCUCAGGGCAUAGCUUCUGUGCUGCUUCUGUUGAGCUACGGGGCGGAUGUUAAUUCGAUGGCCGACGUGCGACACGAUUAUCGGACCGUCCUCCAUUACGCGAUCCUUGGUGGUGAUCCGACGGUGAUCGACUUGUUGUUGAAGCAAGGCGCUCGACUCGAUCUUGGCCCUGAGUAUCAGAAACCCACGGCUCUCGAUCUGGCGAUAUUAAAAGGAGAUCCCUCGAUCGUUCAAAAACUGUUGGAAUCGGGCGCUGACGUAAACGCUACUUCGCCAAUCAUCGGCUCGCCCCUCCACGUUGCUUGCGCGGACAACAUUCCGAACAGAUUGGAGAUUUUAUCGAUGUUGUUGGAGCGAGGAGCGGACCCGAAUUUGGUGAUACGGAGCGACGAAGGUCCGGCAUUGCGACCAGUUCUCGCCGAGUACGUCGCUUCGAACGAGAAUCCCUCGGUAGAAGUGGUAGCCCUGUUGCUUAAAUACGGGGCACGAGUUGUCAUCAAGACGCAGUUUCGCGAUCCUCACGGUAUAUUGAACUCUCUUCAGAACACGGCUGAUAAACCACGGCUGCUCAAGGCGUUGUUGGAAGCGGCGGAAAGCUUCGAUCCUUGCAUGAUAAGAAGAUCGAGCAGUUUGACAGACGCGCAAAAAGAACUUGUCAUGGAAGCGGCGCGAACACCGUUGCCUUUAACCCACCAAGCAAGAUUAAUAGUACGUAAGCUUUGUGGUACCAAGCUGCCCAAGAUUGUACGAAAAUUACAGCUGCCUCAGUCGCUGCAUCGCUAUCUUCUCUACGAUUUUCAUUGAGAUAAUUGCUCGAUUGAAUUUUCGUCGCGAAUGUGAUUCUUCACAUCAAAAAUGAUCUUCUCCUUGUUCGUUCCGCUCAACUAUCAUCGUUGGCAUUCUCCCUCGUUACGUUAUCUCUUACUACAGUAUUUAUUCGUUAUACGCUCGUGCUCUUUUUUAUAUGUAUAAUGUGAUCGAGAGUCAACCCUAUCGAUAAUAUUACGUUGAAAUAAUAUUCGUUUUCUAUUAGCUAUCAUCGUCUACGUUCGUCGUAGCGGAAAUGAAAUGAAUCUAUGUACAACUCGCAAUCGAGUUGUAAACGAAUAAAUAUGUAUAUUAAGAGUUUCAAGGCGUAUUAAUUUCAUCAGAACACGUUAUUUAUCGUGUUUGAUACUUAUAACGAUUGAUGUCAAUUUAUAUAUUACAUACUUAUCUGUAGUAUGUGAAUAUUUUUAAUCCGAGCGUAGAUGCGCUGUUCGUUCGAUCGGAAUUGUAAGGAGAUAUACAUAUAGGCAAUCUUAAAUUCUAUUUCUUUAUAUGUGACAAAUAUUUUUGAUGAAUAUUUUUUGCAAUGUAUGAAUUUUAUGUCAACUGUUAUAUUCAUGCUUUUUACGUCGUCUUUAUUCUUCUUUUCUCGAAGUAAUUUUGAAAUGAGACUCGUCCACGACACUUUUGUACCUUUAUUUAGAACACGCUAAUAUUCACGAAGUUGCGCGCGUCCACGUAAAUAAAAUAAGGGCGUUUAUAUGAAUAACGGAUGAUUCUGUCCCACUGUAUGUAUGUAUGAAUGUAUGUGCGUGUGCGUUGCGUAUCGUACGCGUAGGUAUUUUCAACGUGUAUUAUUGUACAUACAUAUUUUAUAUACACUUGGUGCUGUUAAGUGUCAAGAGAUGAAGUAAAAUAAACAAAGAAUUAUCUCUAUGUUUACAUAUGUAUUUAUAUAUGUAUAUAUUAUAAUGAAAAAAUGAAUGAUGAAAAAAAUCGCCUUAUUUAGAA